UGCGCGCAUGUCGUUACCUCUUCCUCGUCCCACUCUUGCGGCGACGAGCCCUGAGGUGAGCGACAAUGGAACAUGCGUCGCCCACAUCGGCCAGUACCUCGGGGUCCACGUCGGCGCCGCGUCAAUCAAGGGUAACGCGCGCUCAGGGCGCCUAGGUCGUGGAAGAAGCGGUCGGUCGGCGGCUCCGGAGGGCGUGUCGAGGUAGCCGCGCUCCUCUCCCAUGUCGGGUCGUCGAACUACGCCAGUCCGUCGCGAAUCGGCGCAGGAUCGGCGACGACGGACGUAACCGGGAAGAGGCAGCGACACGUAACGAGGAGGGUUUCAUUCAGCGACGCUGAUUUCACGGUGUGGCAGACAUACCGUGUACAUGUAUGUGUACGUAUGGUAAUUGAGUAGAUGUGGGUAUAAUAUAGUCCGCUGCACAUCGGUGGGGUAUCGUCAUUCGGCAGCAUACAUGCCUUACUGUUAAUACUGGCUGAGAGGCCAGACCAGUUGGCUGAGUGAAAAAAAAAAGAAAAAAAAAAAAAACGCCCGACCUGACUGCAGAGGAGAUUGCAAAAGAGAAAUAGGAAGGGAAACCUACUAAGGGACAACGAGGGAACUAUGUCGGACCUGGAUGACGAGACCGAUACUUCGUGCGGGGAGGAGCAAAUUGUCUCGGACUGGGAAGUCCAGAAGGAGUGGCUCGAGAGCAUAUUGUCGAAGUAUCACGACGGCAGAGCGGUCGAAGUCCUGAAGUUCAACGUAAGCCCCGGAUGCACGACCAGCGAGAGCGUGCUGAGCGCAAUCACCAGCGUUACAGGGAACUAUUUGUUGGCCCCGACGACAGAUCCAACGGAUAAACCGUCGGAUAAGCGCAGAUUGUCCAUUAUCAUAAAGCAACUCCCUAGAGAUCCGUUUAGCCGCUUCUUCGUAACGGAAGGUCAAUUCGAUCUCCGAGAGAUUAAGUUUUAUACACAGGUGAUGCCAGAUUUGAAGGAGUUCAAUCGAAGACAGCUGGGACCGAGCCCGGAGGAACCGAUUAUACUACCGGUUCCGGAAUGUUACCACGCUCAUUACAGUCCUGCAGGCGGAACUGACGACAGCCCGGUGCUGCCGGAAUCGAUACUAGUCUUGGACGAUCUGGGCGCUUCGCGUUUCGAGAGCGUCAAAUUCUCGGAGGGACUAACGUUGGACCAAGCGACGGUCGCGUUGGAUGCCAUCGCUCGCAUACACGCUCAUUCCCUAUCGAUAAAGGUCGUGGACGGGGAAUCUCUAUCCGAGCGUUACCCGUUUCUCUUCCAAACGGCCAAAGCGACAGAUUCAUAUCAACAACUGGUGGAGCGCGGUUUACCGCAGUUGGCGCACUUUCUAGAGAGCAGACCGGGUCUGGAAGCGGUUCUCGAGACUCUGUUAAUUCUACGACCCCGCACUAAAGACAUAAUUUCGGCUCUUCUCGCCCCGGAGGGCCCAUUGGCGUUGAUAACUCACACCGACUUCUGGAGCAAUAAUCUACUCUUCAGAGACACCUGCGGAAGUGCGGAAUGCUACAUUCUCGAUUGGCAGAUGGUUACUUACAGUCGACCGACGAACGAUGUCGCAUUGUUGUUGGUGAGUUCAGUGCCCACCGAGUUACGUCGCAAACAUACCGAAUCACUUCUAAACACGUACUGGGACAAGCUGAACUGGACAUGCUCGCGUCUCGGCCUAAAUAUUCCCAAGGACUUGGGUUACACCAGAGAAGAUCUUGACAAGGAUUAUAGAAAGUCCCAAUUGCUGGCGCUUUUACUUUGUAUCGGAUCGGUGGACGUCGCGCUCGGUGAUCCCCUCACAGAGCAACGACUGAUCGACGUCCUCGAAGAUCUAUAUAACGAUGGCGUACUGACGGACGAAGCUGUCGUCGCGACAAACAUAGCCGAUCCAUAAUCACUGCUGCCACCGUUAACACACAUUAGCGUAUGCACCGAAGAAUUAAUAUUUCUAUCAGGGCUGUGACUCGAAGCGAAGAGUUUCACGUGAAGCAAUAGGUACUUCAAUAGCCCAUACGUAGCUUAAAGAUGCAAUCUUUGUGUUUCCAACCCAAAGGAGGCUUAAGCCAGCAAUAACACGAAUGCGGGCGACGAAGAAGGUAGUUGCAAAAAAGCACGUCGGAAGAAUAUAAUGGACGUUAGAAACUUGCGCUACUCUCUCUCAGUUUCUUUCUCUUUGCGACGAGACUACUAUAAACGAGCGGGACUAAUUGAUCAAGAUCAAAAAUGCUUAACCAUAAUGUCUCGAUUAUACAUUAGUGUAAGCUUUGUCAACUAUUACUCUUUGAAAACUAUAAUGAUAUUUUAAUGACUACUAAUGCAAGCUUCACUUGCAAUUCAAUGAAAGUAAGAUAAAAUCGGAGGCAAACUUUCUAAGAAAAACUAUCACAUAAAAAUAUUGAUUUCUUAUUAACAAUGCUAUCGGUUUUUCCAUUGUAAAUUUUCAACCCAGUUUUCUGCUUAUACAGAAAUUGUUGAUGAACGUCUACGCUGUGCCAAAUCAUUAAAGAUUUAGGCAAGUAGUUGUGAUACAAUUACUAAGAUGAAAUCAAUUAGAUUCGUGAUUAUAAUGCUAUAGGACAUACAUCACAGUUAUAGAGUAUUUUCGAGAUGUACAUGAAACAUAAAACAAUUAUGUUCCAUCUGCCCGAAUACGCGUCCCGUGAUAAACUUCUUCCGACAAUUAUUCCAGCGAAAAUGCGCUGUUUUGUUAACGCUAUAUACAAUUAUUGUAUUAUCCAUUUCCUCUGUAUAAACUAUAUGGAUAAAAUAUACCUUGAUGUUAUCAUGAAUAA